CUUGCUUCCACAAAGGUCCAACUACCUGCAAGUAACCUCGAGUCAAGAGAAUGCCGCUUACGCCUCACCAUCCUAGGGUUGUCGAUGCAUUGCAGACAGCAGCCCGACAGCCUUUGCAAUCUUGUCGAUAGUUGAACUAAGAAUAGAUGGAGACUGCACCACUGACUCUCGCUCAUACCCAUGCCCGAAAUGCUGCGCUCGAGUCGCGUCGUCACAAUCCUGUUGCCGCCAGUGAGGAGCAUGAUUUAGCCGCAGCCGAAUUCGCAGCUGCGGCUCAAGAGACUUCAGACUCGGAAGCACUGCGCGUGCUGAAUCUGUUGGAACAACAUCACAAGAAGCUGGGUCAACUAUUGAGGGCAGCUCAUGAAAAACCGCCAGCAAAAGAGGCUCCUAACCAACCAUCAGCUGGUGAUAGCGAGAAUGCGCUGCCCGCCGCAGAGCGACAGAAGCAAGAAUCUCAGAGACCUCCGUCGCCAGAGGCCGCCGCACACCCCCCAAGGCUUCCUAGAGGCUUGAGGUCGAGCACUCGCGAACUGUCUUCUUCGAUUGCGAGCAAUCUGGCUUCGGCAAGAGGGAUACCCAGCAACCGACAAAAGCGACCUACCCCGAUUUCACCGCUGGUCUCGAAUCAACAUGCCGAUGGACAUAAUGCUCAGGAUGAGACAAGGGGCAAGUCUGCCCUCAGAGCACAUGCAGAUUCCAGUGAUGCUCUGGUGUCCAUGUCCCGCCAGACAAGUUCACGUCCGUCAUGGACUCCCCCGAUAUCUCCUCCUCCUCCAAAGUCAGAUGCGAUGGAACAGCCAGAAGCCCAAAGCUCGGAUGCACCGUUCCAACAAUUCUACACAACGUUUGAGAGUCUCGUGUCGAAACUCAGUGCACCGUUGGCAUUUGCGGGACUACCUCUGACAGUCGCUGCAGCAUCCAAGCCACCACCCGCUCCCUCUCAAAUUCCUCCUAAAGCCCCGAAAGCUGUGUCCCGCCCAACACCAGCAGCACCAUUAGUCGAUUACUCACAGCUCAUCUCCCGGGCAGCCCUACGUGCGGUUUCGGGCACCGGCAAUAACCCGUCCAACCCAUCGGAGUCAUUUUACGUCGUCCCUACCACCGGAGGCACGAUUUCCUAUGCCGAAAUCAUGUCCCGUGCUGAGCGAGAAGAGGCUCGUGCUGGUCUUCGUGCACAUGGUCACCGCCGCCAGCCUUCCAAUCUCUCAAAUAUCUCCGAGGACGAUUUCGUCGAUGCACAAAGUACGAUACUUCCAGCGCCGGGCAACGCACCUCUAAGCCGCUUUGCCAGAGCCCGUGGAGUUGCUGAUGAGAUUAAAGUGAACGGCAAAACGAUGGAAGAACUCGCGUUAGAGAAUCAAGCACUCAAACACCUCUCUGACACGCUUUCCAGGAGAUUGCACGUCUUUGAAAUGUCCGCCCAGACUUCCUCUGCAGCACUGGCCCAGAGCAUCCGCUCCCUCCACAAUCGCUCGCCCAUGCUCUCACCCGAGAAUUCGCGUGGCAAGACCAUUAGUGGGAAAAUGGGACUGGACAGUGGUGGGAUGGUUGGCAUCGGUAACAGUGGCGGAGGGGGAAAUCGUGACACAACGCAACGCAGAAUAGCAGAAUUGGAAGAAAUUCUUCGCAAGAGUGAUGCCAGGGCAAGGAAACGGGAAGAAGAGAAUGUCAAGUUGAAAGAGACCAUCACCAAGUAUCGAGAGAAAUGGGACAGUCUGAAGGCAGGAGCCAAAGCGAGAAGGGCACGCGAAAGGGCUGGCAAGCCAGGCAACGACGACAAGCCCGGCACUGGCGAGGAGACCACUACGGAAGGAGGCGAAGACGAAUCCGCCGCGGGUGGCUGAGACCCAAGCGAAGCAGAAGAGGUUCCAGCUGCAAAGUCAGCAUGGUUGUGGUCAAGAUCGCUGAGCUGAAGAAACAAAACCAGCACAGUAAUGGUGACGCAAGAUGCGAGUCCACGGACAAAACUUGCAACGUGCAGUGCUGGGCAGUGCUGGGCAGUGCUACGCCGUGGUCUGAUAUGAACAUAUACAAAUUUGUACAGAGGGAUCCGAUACUCCUCGACACGAUAUAUGCUAAAUGAGAUAAUGCCACGAUGAACGAACACACCAAAUGGAAUGCGGGACUCGACAUUGUCCGACAGGCUUUCAUCCCUCGGCUUCCGAGUCACACCAAUUACUUGAGAUCAGACUGGCUUUCGUGACCAAAACCAUCGUAUAUGUACUUGAAAGUAAAUCUCAAUAUUGACUCGACAUGCUCCGUACGAAAGAUGGGGUAUUAUAUACUAGCAUUACUCUACAAUAAGACGAUUCCUU